CAAAAAAAUAUAUGAAUGCGGCUGAAAAAAAUGCCGCAUCUUUUGUGGUUAUGUUUAUUUUCGUAUUGUUUUAAAUUAAUGAUUUGCAUAGCAAUAUAUAAUGUCGGCAAAAGUAGAAACGAUAAUGAAGUUCCAACACUAACUUAGAUUUCCCUGCUGAGAACGCAUCAGAAAAUGUUUUACUGUAUUUUUGGUAUUUUGAACUGACUGUCAUUUAGUUUUUUUUGGAAUAGUACCUUUCCUCUGCCUGGUGUAAAGCGCUACGACACUCGGCCACUGUUUCCUAACUGUUACUACUUUAUAAACAGUGGGUAUUCCAACGCUUUUUUGAAUGUUGAACAAAAUAAUCAUGGUAACAAUUGUAAAGAAUGGCUGAAAACACUGGAGAUAUUGUACUUCCGCCUACAAAACGUUUUAGAAAGAUUCCAAUCUACGUUGUCGAAGAGCACAAUGACGCAUUGCAGUUUAUUUACUCCGCUAUCGGGGGUAAGAAGUUGCCGCUGGAGGGUACCACUUUGUUGCACCUGGACGCUCACCCGGACAUGCUCAUAGAUCGGAAGCUGAAAGGAACAGAAGCCCGUGCUGGACGGAAUCUGCUACCAUUGCUGCAAAUUGAGAACUGGAUAGUGCCAGCGGCGGCUGCUGGGCAUAUUGCGUACGUUGUGUGGCUGCGCCCACCGUGGGCGAAGCAAUUCAGAGAUGGCACCCGCGCCUUCCACGUAGGCGACCAGCCCACAACGGGACUCCUGCGCGUCGAUAGUACAGAACCGUAUUACCUAUCCGACGCUCUGUAUUCUUCGCACCUUAUCAAUAAAAGAAAAUUAACAUUUACUGUAGCUGAGCUUUCCGAUAUGUCUACCUCGAAACAAACCAUACAGGAAUUAGCAGAAACUAUAAAUAUAUCACAGCCUUAUGUCCUUGAUAUCGACUUAGACUUCUUUAGUACAGGGAAUCCGUUUUUGCUGCAAUACGAAAAUAUUGGACUGUAUGAUCUUUUGGAACCUAUAUUCGAGCUGAAACUUCCCGAAAGCGACGACGAAAAAGAGAUGGAGAAAGCAGUGGAAUUGCGCGAGAGACAACUGGAAGAGUUGGAAAAGUUAUUCCUAUACCUAGAAGAGCACGGUAAUCUGGAAAAGUACGAAGGAGAAAAGACCGAACUGUUUGACAAAGUAUCCCGUUUAUCUGACGUAGUGAUAGCCGAAGCAGAAAAGCUUGGCGAACCUCCUGAUUGGUGGCUGGUGUUCGCCGCCGGCUGCACAAGAGAUCAGGGGGGUCUGCCCCAUCACACCAGCUCAGAGGAGCAGAUACGGAAUAUGAUCACCAGUGGCUUAAAACCACUCUUACAACGCUUACCCCCUCCUGUACUGAUCACGGUAGCCAGAUCUACAGAAGAUGGAUAUUGUCCUCCACAUCAAGUAGAGUUGAUCCAGUCGCUCGUCUUGCAAACUUUGAGUGAGGUGUACGAUACCGACGAACCGGCACUGCACUACCUCAGAGUAAACACCUACUGAAACUGCCAAAGACCUCUCUGAGAAUUGUGCCUAUUUGUCUAUAAAUAAACGUGUGUUGUUCUGAUAAACAA